GAACAGCCCGCGAAGCCAGCAGACAUUUCACCGGGCUCCGGCGAAGAUUCAAAAUAUAUCAGAUUCUCUCUCCGUUGCUCCUCGUCCCCAUCAAUUUCAUCACAGGAGACGGGAAACAAGUAAGGAUUUCACUUUCCCAUCUGCCUCAAGACACACCUCCCCGCUCCCUCCCCCACCCGAUGUGAAGAGUAUUCCGGUGGCUACCGCGGGAGUGGAUUUGCAGCGCCCUAGCGGGAGCCAGGAAAAUCUACCGAUUCUUCACCACCCCUUCUAGACGCGAUUUCCAUCUUAUCGCUGGCCUCACCGCUCAACUUUGAGUCGCCCCUAGUCCCGGCGGAAGAGACAAAGCCCUGGGCUCGCCCCCAGCCGCAGGGAGCCGCCGCCUUGCUCCGUGCCCCUGCAGCUUCGCUGCGCCGCCGCUUCUCGCCCAGUGCGGAUGCUGUAGAUCAACAGGUUCGGGGAACUUGAGCUGAAUAAGGAGACCGCCGGGUGCCGCAGCCCAGGAGCAGAGGGAAGGAAGGACCCACAGACUUGUGGCUCGUGUCGCGCGCGCACGCUGCGCCCGAGCCCCAGGCUGGCGCGCUCCCACUCGCUCGCCCCUCCAGUCCGGCUGCUCCUGCCCCCACCUCACCGGUCUGGGAUGUACCUUUCCAUCUGUUGCUGUUUCCUCCUAUGGGCCCCUGCCCUGACGCUCAAAAACCUCAACUACUCGGUGCCGGAGGAACAAGGGGCCGGCACGGUGAUCGGCAACAUCGGCAAGGAUGCUCGACUGCAGCCGGGGCUUCCGCCCGCAGAGCGCGGUGGCGGUGGCGGCGGCGGGCGAAGCAAGUCGGGUAGCUACCGGGUGCUGGAGAACUCAGCGCCGCACCUGCUGGACGUGGACGCGGACAGCGGGCUCCUCUACACCAAGCAGCGCAUCGACCGUGAGUCCCUGUGCCGCCACAACGCCAAGUGCCAGCUGUCCCUCGAGGUGUUCGCCAACGACAAGGAAAUCUGCAUGAUCAAGGUGGAGAUCCAGGACAUCAACGACAAUGCCCCCUCCUUCCCCUCGGACCAGAUUGAGAUGGACAUCUCGGAGAACGCAGCGCCUGGCACCCGCUUCCCUCUCACCAGUGCACAUGACCCGGACGCCGGCGAGAAUGGGCUCCGCACCUAUCUGCUGACGCGCGACGACCACGGGCUCUUCGCGCUGGACGUCAAGUCCCGCGGCGACGGCACCAAGUUCCCAGAGCUGGUAAUCCAGAAGGCGCUGGACCGCGAGCAGCAGAACCACCACACGCUUGUACUGACCGCCCUAGACGGCGGCGAUCCGCCGCGAUCCGCCACUGUGCAAAUCAACGUGAAGGUGAUAGACUCUAACGACAACAGCCCGGUCUUCGAGGCGCCCUCCUACCUGGUGGAGCUGCCAGAGAAUGCCCCACUGGGCACCGUGGUCAUUGAUCUGAACGCCACCGACGCCGACGAGGGUCCCAAUGGUGAAGUACUCUAUUCCUUCAGCAGCUAUGUGCCUGACCGCGUAAGGGAGCUCUUCUCCAUCGACCCCAAGACCGGCCUGAUUCGUGUCAAGGGCAACCUGGACUAUGAGGAGAAUGGGAUGCUGGAGAUCGACGUACAGGCCCGAGACUUGGGGCCCAACCCCAUCCCGGCCCACUGCAAGGUCACUGUCAAGCUCAUCGACCGCAACGACAACGCGCCGUCCAUCGGUUUCGUCUCCGUGCGCCAGGGGGCGCUGAGCGAGGCCGCCCCGCCCGGCACCGUCAUAGCCCUAGUGCGGGUCACUGACCGGGACUCGGGCAAGAACGGGCAGCUGCAGUGCAGGGUGCUGGGCGGAGGGGGGACCGGCGGCGGCGGCGGCCUGGGCGGGCCCGGAGGUUCUGUGCCCUUCAAGCUUGAGGAGAACUAUGACAACUUCUACACGGUGGUGACUGACCGCCCGCUGGACCGCGAGACCCAGGACGAGUACAACGUGACAAUCGUGGCUCGGGACGGGGGCUUGCCUCCUCUCAACUCCACCAAGUCGUUCGCUGUCAAGAUUCUGGACGAGAACGACAACCCUCCUCGUUUCACCAAGGGACUCUAUGUGCUGCAGGUGCACGAAAACAACAUCCCAGGAGAGUAUCUGGGCUCCGUGCUUGCCCAGGAUCCCGACCUGGGCCAAAACGGCACAGUGUCCUACUCCAUCCUGCCCUCGCACAUCGGCGACGUGUCCAUCUACACCUAUGUGUCUGUGAAUCCCACCAAUGGGGCCAUCUACGCCCUGCGCUCCUUUAACUACGAGCAGACCAAGGCUUUCGAGUUCAAGGUGCUUGCUAAGGACUCGGGGGCGCCCGCGCACUUGGAGAGCAACGCGACUGUGAGGGUGACAGUGCUAGACGUGAAUGACAACGCGCCGGUGAUCGUGCUGCCCACGCUGCAGAACGACACGGCCGAGCUGCAAGUCCCGCGCAACGCUGGCCUGGGCUACCUGGUGAGCACUGUACGCGCCCUAGACAGUGACUUCGGCGAGAGUGGGCGCCUCACCUACGAGAUCGUAGACGGAAACGACGACCACCUGUUUGAAAUCGAUCCCUCCAGCGGCGAGAUCCGCACGCUGCACCCCUUCUGGGAGGACGUGACGCCAGUGGUGGAGCUGGUAGUGAAGGUGACUGACCACGGGAAGCCCACCCUGUCGGCGGUGGCCAAGCUCAUCAUCCGCUCGGUGAGCGGCUCCUUGCCCGAAGGCGUUCCCCGGGUAAACGGCGAGCAGCACCACUGGGACAUGUCGCUGCCGCUCAUCGUGACUCUAAGCACUAUCUCCAUCAUUCUCCUAGCGGCAAUGAUCACCAUUGCCGUCAAGUGCAAGCGCGAGAACAAGGAGAUUCGCACUUACAACUGCCGCAUCGCCGAGUACAGCCAUCCGCAGCUGGGCGGGGGCAAGGGCAAGAAGAAAAAGAUCAACAAAAACGAUAUUAUGCUGGUGCAGAGCGAGGUGGAAGAGAGGAACGCCAUGAACGUCAUGAAUGUGGUGAGCAGCCCCUCCCUGGCCACCUCCCCUAUGUACUUCGACUACCAGACCCGCCUGCCCCUUAGCUCGCCCCGGUCGGAGGUGAUGUAUCUCAAACCGGCCUCCAACAACCUGACUGUUCCUCAGGGGCACGCGGGCUGCCACACGAGCUUCACCGGACAAGGGACUAAUGCGAGCGAGACCCCUGCCACUCGGAUGUCCAUAAUUCAGACAGACAAUUUUCCCGCAGAGCCCAAUUACAUGGGCAGCAGGCAGCAGUUUGUUCAAAGUAGCUCCACGUUUAAGGACCCAGAAAGAGCCAGCCUGAGAGACAGUGGGCACGGGGACAGUGAUCAGGCUGACAGUGACCAAGACACUAACAAAGGCUCCUGCUGUGACAUGUCUGUUAGGGAGGCACUCAAGAUGAAAACUACUUCAACUAAAAGCCAACCACUUGAACAAGAACCAGAAGAGUGUGUUAAUUGCACAGAUGAAUGCCGAGUGCUUGGUCAUUCUGACAGGUGUUGGAUGCCACAGUUCCCUGCAGCCAAUCAGGCUGAAAAUGCAGAUUACCGCACAAAUCUCUUUGUACCCACAGUUGAAGCUAAUGUUGAGACUGAGACUUACGAAACUGUGAAUCCCACUGGGAAAAAGACUUUUUGUACAUUUGGAAAAGACAAGCGAGAGCACACUAUUCUCAUUGCUAAUGUUAAACCUUAUUUAAAAGCCAAACGUGCCCUGAGCCCUCUCCUCCAAGAGGUCCCCUCAGCAUCAAACAGCCCGACCAAGGCAUGCAUCGAGCCUUGCACCUCAACAAAAGGCUCUCUGGAUGGCUGUGAAGCAAAACCGGGAGCCCUGGCCGAAGCAAGCGGCCAAUACUUGGCCACUGACAGUCAGUAUCUGUCACCCAGUAAGCAACCAAGAGACCCUCCGUUCAUGGCUUCCGAUCAGAUGGCAAGGGUCUUUGCAGAUGUGCAUUCUAGAGCCAGCCGGGAUUCCAGCGAGAUGGGUGCCGUUCUUGAGCAGCUCGACCACCCGACCAGGGAUCUGGGCAGAGAAUCGGUGGAUGCGGAGGAAGUCGUGAGAGAAAUCGAUAAGCUUUUGCAGGACUGCCGGGGAAAUGACCCUGUGGCUGUGAGAAAGUGAAAAAAAAAAAAAAAAAAAAAAAAA